AUACGUGUAAGGAGUAAACGUACAUUUGUUUACAUGUAUCUUAGCUAUCUAGAAUGGAGCUUGGUACAACAUGCUCAUCGUCGAAAAUGUCAGAGGCAGACAGAAACAAUGCCUGGAAGAAUGCUGCCUCCAUCUAUGAGUUCACAGCUGAAGAUAUUGAUGGAAGGGAAGUUUCUCUGGACAAAUACAGGGGCAAGUUGGUGAUCAUUGUGAAUGUGGCAUCCAAGUGACAGUACACCAAGGAAUACUACACUCAGCUACAACAACUCUCUUCUAGGAUCCCCUGUGCGCCUUCCCUUUGUAACCAGUUUGGGGACAGGAGCCUUGGCCCGAACAAUCGCAUCAAGAGGUUUGUUUUGAAGGAGUUUGACGUUCAGUUCGACAUGUACAGCAAGACAGACGUGAAUGGCAGAAAAGCCCAUCCACUCUACAAAUUCAUCAAAGAACAGCAGAAAGGCAUUUUAGGAAACAUGCUGAAGUGGAACUUUACAAAAUUUCUCAUUGAUCGCCAAGGAAAGCCUGUGAAGAGAUUCGCGCCCCACAUAGAUCCCCAGGGAAUGAUGAAGGACCUUGUUCCAUACUUCUAUCGGUAGUCUCCAGUUUACUGCUUCCCUUGAGCUUAUUGCAAGUCAUCGUCCAGAUCUUGUGUCUGUCUAGACCCAGCUUCAGCGUCAGUCAGAAUAAAUGAAGGUUGAUCCCUAAACCUUGAAGGGGAUUGACUGGAGAUGGUUUGCUGGCGUACAAACCACUCUGACUGGACACUGGUCAGUGCUGGACCUAGCUGGACAUAACCAUGGGUAGUGACUAGUUGUAUGUGUAAUAGUAUCAGAGACACUUAACAUUGUCUUAGCAUAAAUCAGAUACUGCCUUGGCUUAUUAGAUGUAUUACAUCAAGACAAACAAUAAAUGCAGUUUAAUGAUAUUAUAAAUCACAUUUUAAGUGCCCAUUAAUCGAUAGUUCGGAUACAGGAAUUACUAUGUGCUAUUUGUCUUCUUUUGGACAUGUUGUAGAACUUUUCUAUUAAAGAAAGAUGUUAUGAUGUUUAUCAAAUACAGACUGAUCUCAGAAACUAUGGCAAUGUAACAAUAAGUGUGAUAAAAACAAAUAUACAUGUAUGUGUUAUAUGCAGUCGAAACUAAAGGGUUACUCAAGGGCAAUAACUGUGAUAUUCUCCGCCAGCUGUGUAAUAUACCCAUCUUAUUCUUAUUGUCUGCGAUACUUUGCUGUGUUAUUGGGAAGGUACGUAGAUGUUUCUCAAGAAAAUCUGUAUUUCCUUGUGCAUACAUGGACACUCGAGCGUAAUGUGCAGCCCCAUUCUUGAGUAUAAGUUUCAGUAUGAUGUCAUACCAUGCACAGUCAAAAGAAUACUGCAUUGCUUCAGAUAAACGAACAAGAGAAAACAGACUUGAUCAUAGGCAGCAGUAUUGGUAAUAUUCAGAAAUAUUCUUAACACUUUUCAGAAUCAGAUACUGUUGAAACAAAUCUGGCAUGCUUCAAUACUAAGGUGUUGUCUUUGUUUUGGAUUUUCAAAACUCAUUGCAUGUCCAAUGCAUACACCCUAUCAACACAGCUAUUUGUUGUGAAAAAAGUAUGUGGUACCCAUUUUAUGCAUAGAGUAAUAAUUUAACAACUGAUUAAGUUUAUUCAUUUUUAUGGGAGAACGUGAGUGCUGCCCAGGGUCUGGUUGUUUAUUGUUGUUUUUUACUUCAACAGAACGUCAAAUGACACUGAUAUAUGUAUUGUUUGAGCGGAAUCUAGAAGCAUGUCUAUUUUAUACCACAAUAUUAUAUUUUAUAAUUAACAAUAUAUUCUUUUAUACAGUAUUAACAGUCUGAUGUUAAUUGUUGUUGAUGCAUUUGAAAGGAAACCUUGAGUCAUGAAUUGUUGAUAGAGAUCAGCAGACACAAUACGUGGGCUGGAUGCAGGACGGAUCCAUUACCUGCUUGGGAUCUAUAUCCUGUUUGAUGAAAGAAGGGUGGUUACAGUGCUCACAUUUCUUUUGUCAUCUGAUUACUGACUAGUUUUUUUUAUCACGUGCUGCAUAUUUUGGUGAACACACUGUGCUAGUGUUGACUUUGACAGUUUCCUUCUUGAAAGGUCCAUCCCUAAAAGUCAUUGAUAGUAGAUAUCUUUCUAAGGGAUUCUUCUGAAGAUUUUGUUAUCCUGUUAUAUUCAUAUUUAGGUUUGAGAAGUAAUUUUGAAAUUGUUAUUAUUUCAAAUAUCAAAAUGAAUAUUUUUAGCUCACCUGACUAAUAGUCAAGUUCAUCUUUCAUCCUUUCAACAGAAACCAGUAGACCAAUGAAGCUGAAAUGUAACAGACAUUUUCAACCACCUCAAUUUGUUUCCAGAUGUUUGAAUCUUGUUUGGCACUCAUAUUGGAAAAGGUAUUUAUGACAAUUUUUCUCAUAUUUGUUCAAAAUGGAUUAGUUUUGUGGCUCUAAAUGUGUGUUUGUUUUUUCUGAUGUGUUAAUUUUUAAGUUUAUAUUUGACCAUUGCACUUUGAAAAUGGUCCAAUAUUGUUGCAAAAUUCUUUUCCUCAGGAACUAAUGGGCCAGUAAAACUCCAUAUGCUCAUUCAUUCACAAUGAUGACACCUGAUCUUGUUCAGGAAAUCUGUUUUUCAGUGUGGCGACCACAAUGGCCAUGUUGAAAAUUCUUGUAUGGCCAUUACACAGACAUUUUUUUACAAAAUAUUAUGAAUUUGUUAUGGGAUGCAAUAAUUGCAGUAGUUGCUAAGGUGCUAUGUGAGUGGACACAGGGUGACUGUUUGCCUGUUCCACCACACAUAGUGGUUCUAACCUGACACAGAUUAUGUUUCAGACAUUUAUUUACAUCACUGGUGCAUGCUUAAAAAUUGUAAAUUGGUUGUUAUGUUUUAAUGUUUAUAUACAGAGAUGAAGUUAUAGAUAUUUUGUCUCUGCAUCCAUAUUUAUUGUAUCUAAUAUCUGUUUAUAUACAAGGGUAAAGGUUUAUUUUGUGUGAUGUCACCAAUAUAUUUGUACGGACAUAAUCAUGGUGACAAAAGUAAAUGUUAUUCAUGUGGUUCGUUUUUCAAUGUCAGAUGACAACAAUAAGAAAUAAAUUGAGUCUGGUGCUGCAUAAUUACUGGGGUAAAUAUUUCAACUUUAUAAAGGCAUCCUGUUCAUCACUGGGCCAAUGUAAUUACUCACUGAUUUACUGGACACUUAAUAAUGUAGUUAUCUAACAAGAUUGGUCCGGCAGAAAGGAUAUUUUGGCACAAACUCAUUACAAUCUUCUUGACAUCUUUGAGACAUUUAGAAGUUAAACAAAUAUAAAUACAUGAUUCUUUGUCCUUUCAUUCAAAACAAGAUAAAAAUGUGUUUGUGUGAAAUAAUUAGUAUGCUGCUGCCUUUUUGUGGUUUGUAUUUAUUUGCUGAGUUAGUUUUAGUGAAAGUUCUAGUCCUGUGAUUUUUGUGAACUACAAUUAUUAUACUCAGAUACAUAGUCAGCGUCUUGUUGGUUGUUUAGUCACGUCUUUCAAUAUAUUUAUAUUAUCGGUAUAUAUUUUUAUGUAUCUGAGCAACAUUAUAUUCAUAUUGUGUGUCAUUUUUGCCAAGAUAUAGAUGUUUUAGUAUCCAUGCUCACUUUAUAUACAGUUUGUUGUUGAAGUUGAAGGUACCAACAUAAAUACUUUGGGUUGCCCGAGGUUCAACACAGCCGCAAAGUGAUUACUAAAUAUAAGGAAUGUCCAGGAAGAAGCGUUAACUUUGAUACAACCAUAAGUUCAACUCCUCAAAAUUUGACAAAGCAGUGUCUAACUGUAUUUGUUUGUACAGGGUGCGGUGGUGUAGCCCAGUGGUUAAAGUGUUCACUCGUCACACUCAAGAACCGGGUUCGAAUCCCCACAUGGGUACAAUGUGUGAAGCCCAUUUCUGGUAUGCCCUGAUAUUGCCAUCCUCAUAAUCUUCUAUGUUGACAUAAAUCUCCCACUAU